AUGAAGUCCGUGCUCUUCAGCCGCUUCUUCAUCCUCCUGCCCUGGAUCCUCAUCGUCAUCCUCAUGCUCGACGUGGACACGCGCAGGCCCGCGGCCCCGCUCACCCCGCGCCCCUACUUCUCUCCCCACGCGGCCCGCGGAGGCACCCGACUCCCGCUCCGCCGAGGAGGCUCCGAGAGCGGCCCGGGGCGCGGCGCCGAGAAGCGCAACCAGUCUGGGCCGCAGCCGCAGCCGCAGCCGCAGCCUGAGCCGCCGCUGCCCACCAUCUAUGCCAUCACGCCCACCUACAGCCGCCCGGUGCAGAAAGCCGAGCUGACCCGCCUGGCCAACACGUUCCGCCAGGUGGCGCAGCUGCACUGGAUCCUGGUGGAGGACGCGGCGGCGCGCAGCGAGCUGGUGAGCCGCUUCCUGGCGCGGGCCGGGCUGCCCAGCACACACCUGCACGUGCCCACGCCGCGCCGUUACAAGCGCCCGGGGCUGCCGCGCGCCACCGAGCAGCGCAACGCCGGCCUCGCCUGGCUGCGCCAGAGGCACCAGCACCAGCGCGCGCAACCCGGCGUGCUCUUCUUCGCCGACGACGACAACACCUACAGCCUGGAGCUCUUCGAGGAGAUGCGAACCACGCACAAAGUGUCGGUCUGGCCCGUGGGCCUGGUUGGCGGGCGCCGCUAUGAACGACCGCUGGUGGAGGACGGCCGAGUUGUGGGCUGGUACACUGGCUGGAGAGCAGACCGCCCGUUUGCCAUCGACAUGGCAGGAUUUGCUGUAAACCUUCAAGUCAUCUUGUCCAAUCCAAAAGCUGUAUUUAAGCGCCAUGGGUCCCAGCCAGGGAUGCAAGAGUCUGACUUUCUAAAACAGAUAACAACAGUUGAAGAAUUGGAGCCAAAAGCAAACAACUGCACCAAGGUUCUCGUGUGGCACACUCGGACAGAGAAGGUUAAUCUGGCCAAUGAGCCAAAGUACCACCUGGACACAGUGAAAAUUGAGGUAUAAAGGACAGCAGCAACUGGUGCAGACUGCCCGGCAAUGGCGGUGUGGAAGGAGGAGCAUGUCGGGAGUUUAGGCUGUAGAGUGUUCAGGUACUGUUCAUUUUACUUCUGAUGGACACCUGUACAAAUAGAGCCUGCUGGUUAACAUAAGCUAACUGAAUGAUAAACGUUGUGUUUUUAUGUGUUCCCCACAAGCAAACAUCUUUGUACAAUACAGCUAAGAUGACCUGCAGGAUACCAUUCUAAUCUCUUACAUUCGCCACCUUUGGCCUUGUAAAACCGAAAAGGUCUGGGAGACAGAUGCCAACUAAAUGUUCCCAGUUCCUGACUUUCCAACAUUAAGUAGCUUUUGGAAGGUUGGUGGCAGUAUCUAUCACAGGAAAUAAAAUCCACAAAAAAGGGGGUGGUGGUAUCUAUGGAUCCAUCUGUUUAAUAUAGGGAAAUAACAUUUUGUCAAUACUAGGCACCACAAAUUGUAAACACAACUACUGUCACAAACCUGGACAUGCCUGCAGGAGCGGAAAGUGGCUUUGUGUAGUUACCCUGUUUGCACAUGGUGCGGAGGAAGUCUUCGUAUCAGCACUAUGUUUCUAAGGAGAGCGAUCCAGAUAAAAACGUGAGUGUUUAAACAUUCAUUAAACGAAAUUAGAGCAACAUCCAGGUUUAUCUCCCUUUCACUAACCAUGUUUCCCUGUUACACACGUCAUCCUAACAGCACAGUGAAGGGAACGAGGCGAUCAAAGACUCUUGAUACAUUAGAAAACAGUGUUCAGUGAUACAUUUACAUUCUAUUUAUAGGAUUAAACAUUCGAUCAUACAGUAUCUGCCUACAGGAUUACUGGCUAAUUUGGGGCAGGGUUUAUACUGUUAGAGGUAUUACUAACAUGAUAACUACUUCCCUUAUCUGCAAACAUUAGAGCUACAAUUUUACUGAGUAAAACUGAUUACGCAAGUCGACCGAGAGCAGCUUCUCAAAGAAUAAUGGUUUAGGAAAUCAUGGGUAAGAAGAAAAGCUGCCCUGACCUAAGUGGUUUUUCAACCUGCUUUUCACCACAUCAAAUUUAAUCAGUACAGACCAACACACAGUCAAUCAGAUCAUUCUUAAUAUGAAUGAAUGGGGCAAAAAGAAAAUAUGUACAUGAAGAAACAGGAACGUCAGGUGGUAGUUCUGGACGAGACUUGUAUUGCAUUUUCAUUUCCAAAGCUGUGUGCUGAGAGUGUGACCCGAUGAGCUGCCAGGCCAUCCUGCCGUCGUGCUGGGGGGCUGGCCAAAGCCCACUGUGGGGUUUGCACCGGUGAUACCCAGGCCAGCCAUUUGCUGGUUCAUCUGUGAAACACAAAAGACUUGAUUAUUAUUUUCACCAGUGACAGUCAAAGCACUAGGGUAAAACAAAACAAAACCAGACUACCAUUAUUUCUCUACAGGAAGUAAAUAGCUACUCUUGAGUUCAUGUCUUCCACUUUCCAGUACUGCCAUAUAGUGAUCUCAGUCAUAUGAUAGCUAUCUUUUAAUACAGAUAAUAUUGGUAUAUAAGUAUUACUCUAACAACAAUUAUUCUACCUUUACACAAGUUUAAAAAGCUUUAACGAAUAAUACGCUUUUCAGCUAUCUGACAUGUCAAAUUUGCAGUGUGCCUAUGUCUGGCAGCGUGGAACGCCAAGGUGAGAAUUAUGUGCCAACUUGGCUGGGCCAUGAUCCUCAGUGGUUACUUACAGCCAUAGCGCCUUUUUUCUUCAUCUGAAGCAAAGUAUAUGCUAUACAAUAUUUGCACGUCUUCAUGUCCCACCCACCUUGGUAUACAUUUAAGCUAUGUAAUUCUCUAAAAGGAAAGGCAAGAAGGUUUCCAUAAAGCAUAGACUGAGUUUGAAAGUAAGUCAAUUAUUUGAGAGUUUUCAAAGAUACGAACUACAUCACAAUAGGGCACAUUUGACUUUCUUGUCUAGUACCGUGAUGUGCCCUAGGUGUGCUUCAGCAUACUGACCACACACCAAAGCUGUGACUGGUAAUUUGCUAUUUAAUGAUGAGAAGGGAAGAGGACUCUCUAGGCACCUUCCUCUAUAAAAAACAAAACAAAAAACAGCCCCACUGCCGUCAAUUACAACUCACAGCAGCUCUGAGCAGAACUAGCUGCCCAGAGGCUUUCCAAGGCAGUGAUUUUUAGGAAAGCAGACAGCAUGCUCACGCCACUUGGGCUGCUUCUUAAACAAGCACAAGUGAAAAUACCUUAAGAAGGUGGGGGCCCCAGGACAUGAGAGAGCCUGGAUUCUCUCCCUCACACUCACCACCCAGCAUGACUUAAGAGAGGGGUUUGAACUUCUAAUCAAUUGCUAUCUUUACUGUUUGUUUUUUUCCUGCUAGAGUUUUACGUUAAUAAAACCAUUUAGACAAAUCUGGCGGGCAAUGUAUCCCUACCUGUGAGAGACUCCACUGGGGCUGCUGAGCUUGCGGCACACCAAACUUACUCUGGGACGCCGCAGCCAUUGGUCCCACCAUUCCGCCUUGGGGCCCGACAACAUUUUGAGGAAGUGGCAUCACAGCAGUUUGUGCAUUCCCCAUAAACCCAUUAGGUAUGGGCACGCCCACCAUCAUAUUUGGGCUCUGUCCCAUUACAUUUCCCAUAAGGCCAGGAGCUGCAGACACAGGAACUCCCAUUGCUGGAAAACCUUGAAAUACAGUUGGUGCUUGUGAGGUAAAUGGCAUAUUUGUGGGCCCCAUAAACACACCUGCAAUGCAACCAUGAAAAGAAACGGGGUUAUUGCAAACAGCUGUGCUCUCUAUAAUCACAGCAAAACGAUUAUUGCCUUUCUGUACUCACAGUAAAACAAUCCUUGUCUGGUUGUUCCCUCAGAGCUGCCUACUUCCAGAAUGCAGACACCUCCCUUAUCAAACUGGUUAUGUUCUCACAGCCCUACGUGAAAGCUGCUGUUAUGGGAAUGCUCACUCAUUUGAAGGCAGCGGUAUGCACAGAGCUGAUGAGUCAGGGAGGAGACCGCUUGGAGUUUUUGCUCUCCAGAGAAAUGUCCACCUACUGAGCGGCUCUGCAUACUGGCCCCUAGCAAACACCUGUGGGGUCUGUGGAGAGGUGACCAUGGUGCUGCCCCAAACCACAGCUCUGCGGCCCUUUAAAAAAUUCUCGUAAUCAAUAUUCAUGAGAUGGAUUUGGGGCUCAGGGGCAGGGCUAUCACUCAAAACAGGUUUUUAAGGUAUUUUAGAUUUUUCACUAUUGUCAAAAUGUCAGAUGAAAUGUGCACUAGCGAGAAGACCAAAGUAGACCGCAUGAGUUUAUAUGCUGUUUCUGCAAACUAUCCAAUGGUCUCCCACAGGUCAGAGGCGAGCGACUAUCUGGAUUCACUGAAGCAGUUCGUUGUUUUAGAGGAAAUGUCUUGACAGGUAUUAAAAGUGAGCAAAUCAUAUUGCCACAUCAUUAAAAGUAUGUAUUUUAAAGCUUUUUGGAAUCCAUGUGAUAAUUCAGAUUACAUAUUGUGUACCUGCAGAGAAAAUGUCAAUGUGCCCAAACUUCAAACCACAGUAAGUUAUGUGAAUAGCUUGUUAUAAUUCUAAAUGAAUAAAGUUCUAUGUCUCUUCA